AUGAGUGCUUGUGGGAUUAAGAGUGGAAAAAGUGAGACCAGUGAAGACGGUGCCAAUGAUUCAGUGGCUUUGGGAGAUGUGAUAUUUAUCAAGCUUCGUGGUAGCUCAUGGUGGCCUGCACAGGUAGUUGAUGAAAAUAGUGUUAAUAAGAGUGUUAAGCCAAGCAGACGGAGCAAACGAUCCCCUGGCAACAUCCUUGUUCGGCAUUAUGGAAGCUAUACAUACUCGUAUGCAGAUCCUAUCAAAUGUCGUGCUGAGUUUAAGACUAUACUCGAGCGUAAUGAUGGUUCUCUCAGGAAACUACUUUUGCAGACUCUUGAACAGGAUCUUCCUAGCACAAAAUCCCGUGGAUCAAAGGGGUCUUUAUUGCAGCCUAAAGGAGCAUCAAGCAAAGAUGCUGCAGGCAAGAGAAAAUCCAAUGGGCAAGAUAAGGAGCAGAAUAAAAUCAAGCACAAAAAGCAAAAAGAUAGGUCAAACGAUAAUGAUUCGGCUAGCCAAAGUCGUGAAACAGGCUCGUUAGGAAAGUCCCCAGAGUUGAGCUCCAGGAGGAUAAGAGUGAUGGAAAACCUUGGCCUCAUUGCUCCAGCUGGGUCACCAUUCCAAAAAAAAGCACAUAAAUCUAACAAAGCCUCGUGA